AUGGCGUCUUCUAUCAAGCUCGUGCUCCUCAGCGCUCUUGCUGUUCUCCUUCUCCUUCCUUCGUCGGGUGACUCGGUGAUCACCACCAAAGGAUACGUCACCGACCACGGUGGUCCUCUCCUCAAGGGCGACGUGAACCUCGCCAUCUUAUGGUACGGCAACGUCGGUCGCAUCCAGCAAUCAGUCAUCCUAAAAUUCAUCGGCUCGCUUAGCAAAUGCAACCCCAACCUCGAUCCACAAGUGUCGACGUGGUGGAAUAUGGUAGAAAGUUAUCAAAGUGCAGGCAAGCGUCGGCAUGAGGGUGAGGGCGACCUUAAAAAGGACGCUCCGCCAACUCCAAUUCGGGUGCGUAUCGUGAAUCAGACAGCCGACCGAUCAUAUUCUUUCGGCAAAACCAUAACCCCGCAUUUGAUACCCGAUCUUGUGAAAAAAGCAACUGAGGGAGCUUCACCGUCAACCGUGGCUGUCAUCCUCACGGCGAGAGAUGUUUCGGUCAAAACUCUGUGCACCGGCAAAUGCUCAGAGCAUGGGUCGGUGGGUAAAGGGUUGUCGUCUCAAUUGUAUGUGAUGGUCGGGAACCCAAUGGAUGAAUGUCCUCAGGAUUGCGCUUGGCCCUUCUAUAAAAGCGUGUUGAGGCCAGUCACAUUCUCAAUGGUGCCACCAAAUGGAGAUGUGGCAGCUGACGCCAUGGUCAUUAGCCUUGCCCAAGCGCUUGCUGGUCUGGUCACAAACCCUUACCACAAUGGCUACUUCCUGCAAGGUUAUAGGCAUCAGAUCGAGGCCGCCACAGCUUGUCCAAACAUGUUCGGAAGUGGCGCAUUCCCGGGUUACACCGGCAAGAUGCGUUUUGAUCCAAGGACUGGUGGAUGCUUUAAUGCACACGGGCCGGCUGGAGAGAAGUUCCUGCUCCCGGCAUUAUGGGACCCAGCCACAUCCUCAUGCUGGACCCUCAUCUGA